UAGGCAGUGCAGUUCUAUUGUUUAGUAUUUUAAUUCACCCACAAAAAAUUGGUGGCAUGAAAAUCAGAAUGUAAGUAUAGAAAUAAAUGACUUUUAAACUAUCUUCUAUGCUAUAGAAGCCCAACCUUUGGAUCAUGCAGGACAUAUGAUUACGUGAAGUUUCGAAACAGCCCCUUUAUUUAUUUUUAUUAUUAAUUUUUUUUUUUUUGGGAAGUCACCAUAUUCCUUUUGUUUGUUUUGUUAAUGUUUUUAGAAUGGGUGGAAGUUCUUUUGAUGAUGAAUUGGAUUUCACUUCUCCUUCAAUUGGAGGGGUUCGAACUGUGGUUCUGGUUGGACGCACCGGAAAUGGCAAAAGUGCAACCGGGAAUAGCAUCCUUGGAAGAAAGGCAUUCACUUCAAAGGCUAGUUCAGCUGGGGUAACUAGUACUUGUGAGCUGCAGAGUAGUCAAAUUCUUAAUGUCAUCGACACUCCGGGAUUAUUUGAUUCUUCUGCUGGAUCUGAAUUAAUCGGCAACGAAAUUGUCAAAUGCAUCAAUAUGGCGAAGGAUGGUAUUCAUGCUGUCCUGGUAGUUUUGUCGGUGAAGGGUCGCUUCUCCAAAGAAGAAGCAGCUUCCCUUCGUAGCCUACGGACUUUCUUUGGAACCAAAAUUAAUGAUUACAUGAUCAUUGUUUUUACUAAUGGUGACAGCCUUGAGGAGGAGAGUGAAACACUACAAGAUUAUUUGGGCCGUGAUUGUCCUGAACCUCUGAAAGAAAUUCUUGAAUUGUGUGAAAAUCGGCAGGUUGUUUUCGACAACAAGACGAAGGAUGAAUGCAAGAAAUCUGAACAAGUUGGGCAGCUUCUUUCCCUUGUGGACGAGGUCAUGGCACAGAAUGAUGGACGUCCAUAUACAUAUGAUAUAUUUCAACUCCGUGAUCAAACAGGAGAGGUUUCGAAUGGGGAGAUGCCGACUUCAUAUGAGGAACAGGUCAAGCGAAUAACAGAUGUGAUUGAGUCGAAGAUGAGAGAGAGCACUUGUAUGCUUCACAAACAAUUGAAGGAAGAGCAAGAUGCACGAAUGAAGGCAGAAGAUAUUUCCCAAGCUGCUAAAAUGAAAUCUAAUGAUGAGAUGCGUAAGCUGAGAGAACAACUUCGGAGAGCCCAGCGUGAGAUGGGGGAGCUUCGCAACAAUCCAGAUGUGUGCGCCAUUCUAUAG